AAAAACUAAAAGAAAAUAAACGGAGAGGGAGAGAGGAAAAGGAUCAGAGGAGUAAGAGGUAAGUUAGAAAUCAGAGGGAGGAAAAACAGAGGGGUCGGGUAAGAAGAAGAGAGAUGUCACCGGCGAUUAAGAAAAAGACUUCGCCGGUGAAAGAGAAAGAGAUGGUGGCAGAGUCUUAGAUCACUGGCGAGGAGUAAAGAAGAGCUCGCCGGUGAUGGUGACGGUGGCGACCCAGAGGACGAUGGUGAGAAGAAAGAAGAGGUGACGAAGAAGAAGGCAGAUUUUCUGCUGUUUUUGGCAAACAGAAGAGAUGAAGAACAAGAAAUCAGAGACGACGCCGGCUGUGCAUGCAAGCUUCUGAAAGAGAAAGAGAUGAUGGUGAUGGCCGUUGAAGCGGCUAAGAAGAAGAAGAAUGGCAGCGGUGAGUGGUGCUAAGAGCAAAAAGUCAGAUGAGUGAGAAAAGGGCCGUGGUGCUGCUGCAUGCAGAAAAAGCGUUCGGUAAAGACAGAUCGGAACAGAAGUGGUUUGCAUAUGUUGUUAUGGAGGAGGCGAUAAUAAUGUACUCAUCCGAGGGAAAAGUGUACAAUCUGUCAUCAAACACAGAAAGCAUGCACGGAGAAGAAUUGGUUCAAUCAAAAGAACAUGAAAAGAUCAAUGACUUGCAAGAGAGAGGAUAUAUGAAAUACGGAUGUCAACAUUAUCGGAGAAGAUGUCGUAUUAGGGCCCCCUGCUGCAAUGAGAUUUUUCACUGUCGCCAUUGUCAUAAUGAGGCAAAGGAUGAUAUCAAGAUUGAUCCAAAGCUUAGACAUGACCUUUCCCGUCAUCAAAUUAAACAGGUGAUAUGUUUACUUUGCGGGACUGAACAAGAGGUUCAGCAAAACUGCAUUAGUUGUGGAGUUUGUAUGGGGAAGUACUUUUGCGGGAUAUGCAAGCUUUUUGAUGACGAUGUAUCUAAGAAACAAUACCAUUGCGGCGGCUGUGGAAUUUGCAGAACUGGAGGAUCUGAAAAUUUCUUCCACUGCGACAAGUGUGGUUGUUGCCAGUCUACUCUGCUGAAAAAUAGUCACGCUUGUGUGGAGAAGGCAAUGCAUCAUGAUUGUCCUGUUUGUUUUGAGUAUUUGUUCGAAUCGAUGGAUGAAAUCGCUGUCUUGCCAUGUGGACAUACAAUCCAUAUCAACUGUAUGAAUGAAAUGAGAAAGCAUUUACAGUAUGCAUGCCCUCUUUGCUCAAAGUCAGUUUGUGAUAUGUCAAAGGUUUGGGAGAAGUUUGACUUGGAGAUUGCUGCUACACCAAUGCCUGAACAAUAUCAAAAUAAAAUGGUUUGGAUCCUUUGCAAUGAUUGUGGUAAAAGUAGUAACGUAAAGUACCAUAUUAUUGCUCAAAAGUGCUUGAAUUGCAACUCCUACAACACAAGACAAACUUGAGGCUGAAGAGAAAAGUGGGGGUUGUUACAUUUACUCUUAUGCUUUGUGAAUGAAGUUGUGGCAACCCCAUGUUUAAUUGGAACAACAACUUGAACGGCGUUAAAACCUAGUUGGAUCGGCACAUGUUCAACUUUGUCGUGUUGGGUUAACCAAUUGCAAUUACCCUUUUAAGUGUGUUUUUAGGUGUGAUAUGUGAAAUAAUGUGAACUUCUAUGAUUAGCUUUAUGGUUGUGGAAUUUUACUAGGAACUAUCUUAUCUUAUUAUAUCCGUUUAGUAGAUCUGAAUGUCUGUCUAGUUUGGAUUAUUAUAAAUAUGUAACAUAUAUAUAUGUUGUGUUUCACGAAUAUCUUGCGAGUUUCAUAUGAAAUUCUGCUGU